CUCAUAGUUGCUUUCCCUCUCUCACUCCCUCGAAGCUAACCGAAUUCACCGAAAAUGGAUUAAUUCUCCUCCAAAUAUGUCCCCAGGCACAAUGACAAAACUAUGAGAUCUCUCAUGAAGAUGUUUCCACAAUCAGGGAAAUCGAUUAUCUUCGACACCUUUCCUGAUCCGACAGAUACCUGGGAGAUCAUCGAGACCAUCGGGAAAGGGACUUAUGGCAAAGUCUACAAAGUGCUCAACAAGAUCGAUGGCAGCAAAGCGGCUGUCAAGAUACUGGACCCCAUCCAUGAUAUCGAUGAGGAGAUUGAAGCAGAAUACAAUAUCCUCAAGGCUCUCUCUGACCACUCCAAUGUGGUCAAAUUCUUUGGGAUGUACUACCAGAAGGAUGUCAAAAACGGGGACCAGUUGUGGCUAGUUCUUGAGCUCUGCAAUGGAGGUUCGGUGACAGACCUGGCCAAAGGCAUGCUGAAGAGAGGAGACAGAAUGGAUGAGGCGAUCAUUGCCUACAUCAUACACGAGGCCCUCACGGGUCUCCAUCAUCUGCACAUCAACAAGACCAUCCACCGGGAUGUCAAAGGCAACAACAUCCUACUGACCACACAAGGAGGGGUGAAGCUGGUGGACUUUGGUGUUUCGGCCCAGUUGACGAACACUCGUCUCCGUAGGAACACCUCAGUGGGAACACCUUUCUGGAUGGCCCCAGAGGUGAUAGCUUGUGAGCAGCAGUUGGACUCCACGUAUGACGCUCGCUGUGACGUCUGGUCCCUGGGCAUUACUGCCAUAGAGCUGGGAGAUGGAGACCCGCCCCUCUCCGACCUCCAUCCAAUGAGAGCUCUCUUCAAAAUCCCCAGAAACCCUCCACCUACCCUGUACCAGCCUGAGCUGUGGUCGGACCACUUUAACGACUUCAUCUGCAAAUGUCUGAUCAAGGACUUUGAGCUGAGGCCUAACGUUCUAGACCUGCUCCAACAUGUGUUCAUCAGACAGAUUGUAGGUCGAGAGAGGAUCCUGCAGAAACAGCUAAUGGAACUCAUAGACCUCAACCAGCAGAUAGGAACCACUGGGAAGACAAGCCAUCAUGGAAAGACAGACAGAAGCACAGACAGUAACGACAGGCAUGAGCGCAUCCACACAAAGAAAGGUGGUCAAAUGAUGUCAUCAAGCCCCACACACGACGAAGUGGAUGACCUUGUCACCCUGGAAGUACUUGAUGAGAAUUCAGUCACAGAGCAGCUUCAGAGGCGCUACGCCAAGGACCAGAUCUAUACCUACGUUGGAGACAUCCUCAUCGCAGUUAACCCAUUUCACAAGAUGGAGCUGUAUAGCCCACAGUACACAAAGAUGUACAUAGGAGCUAAACGCACUGCCAACCCGCCACACAUCUUUGCUGUCGCUGACAUAGCCUACCAGUCCAUGGUGUCAUACAACGCAGACCAGUGCAUUAUCAUCAGUGGAGAGAGCGGUGCAGGAAAGACAGAGAGCGCCCAUCUAUUGGUCCAGCAGCUCACAGUGCUUGGAAAGGCCAAUAAUCGAUCACUCCAAGAGAAGAUCCUAUUGGUCAAUAACUUGGUGGAGGCUUUUGGGAACGCGUGCACCGCCAUCAACGACAACUCCAGCCGCUUCGGGAAAUACCUGGAGAUGAAGUUUACCUGUGGGGGGACCGUUGUCGGAGCGCAAAUCUCUGAAUACCUCCUGGAGAAAUCCCGCGUCAUCCAUCAGGCCACAGGUGAGAAGAACUUCCACAUAUUCUACUACGUCUACGCUGGUUUAGCCGAGAGGAAGAAACUUGCCCACUACAAGCUAUCAGACAGCAAAACCCCAAAGUAUCUGUUCAACGAGCACAUUAAAUUGGGCCCUGACAUAGUGAACAACACCUUCUACAAGGAGCAGUUUGACGCGGUGGAACAGUGUUUCAAAGUCAUCGGCUUUACCCUGGAGGAGCUGGGCAGUGUGUACAGCACUCUGGCUGCUAUCCUAAACUCAGGCGACAUUGAGUUUGCCUCUGUGGCCUCAGAGCACCAAACCGACAAAAGCAACAUCUCCAACAUAGCAGUUCUGGAGAAUGCGGCGUCGCUGCUGUGUAUCCGUCCAGACGAGCUCCACGAGGCCCUGACGUCCCACUGCGUAGUAGCCCGGGGCGAGACCAUCGUCAGGCCCAACACGGUGGAGAAGGCCACGGAGGUGAGGGACGCCAUGGGCAAGGCCCUGUACGGCAGGCUCUUCAGCUGGAUCGUCAACCGCAUCAACACCCUGCUCAGACCCGACACACACCUAGGAGAGGAUGACAAGGGCCUGAACAUUGGCAUCCUGGACAUCUUUGGCUUUGAGAACUUCAAGAGGAACUCAUUUGAGCAGCUCUGCAUCAACAUUGCCAACGAACAGAUCCAGUUCUACUUCAACCAACACAUAUUCGCCUGGGAGCAGGAUGAGUACCUGAAUGAGGAUGUGGACGCCAGGGUGAUUGAGUAUGAGGACAACCGUCCUCUCCUGGACCUGUUCCUGCAGAAGCCCAUGGGUAUGCUGUCACUGCUGGACGAGGAGAGCCGCUUUCCCCAAGCCACCGACCAGACCCUCGUAGAAAAGUUUGAAGACAACCUGAAAUCCAAAAACUUUUGGAGACCGAAGAGGGUGGACCUUGGCUUUGGAAUUCAUCACUAUGCUGGGAAGGUGAUCUACAAUGCUGCAGGCUUCCUCUCUAAGAACAGAGAUACACUGCCGGCAGAUAUUGUUCUUCUGCUGAGGUCGUCAGAAAAUCAGCUGAUUCGCAAACUGGUCACCCACCCUCUCACCAAAACAGGCAACUUGGCCCACACUAAGGGUAAAGGGAUGAACACACUCAUGAGCAUGCCUCGCACCCCAGCACACCCUCAACGCACCAUGAACUUUGCCAAGAUGGGAGUGCUUAAGUUAUUCAGUUCUAGCAUGUCACUUGGUGAGGGUGAUACUGUAACUGGAGAGACCACCCAUCAUCCUAGAGAGUCCACCAACAUGAGAACACAGACAGUAGCCUCCUACUUCAGAUAUUCCCUAAUGGACCUGCUGUCCAAGAUGGUAGCGGGACAGCCCCACUUUGUGCGUUGCAUCAAGCCCAACAAUGACCGGCAGGCCAGUAAGUUUGACAGGGAGAAGGUGCUGGUGCAGCUGCGCUACACUGGCGUCCUGGAGACAGCUAAGAUCCGCCGACAGGGCUACUCUCACCGCAUCCUCUACACCAACUUCGUCAAGAGGUACUACAUACUGGCUUUCCGUGCGCACAAGGAGCCGGAUGCAAGCCCAGAGACUUGUGCAGCUAUAUUGGAAAAAGCCAAACUGGAAAAUUGGGUCCUGGGCAAAACUAAAGUGUUUCUGAAGUACUACCAUGUGGAGACCCUAAACCUGAUGGUGAGGCAGACCACAGACCGCAUCGUUCUGGUCCAGGCCUACGUCCGGGGCUGGCUGGGGGCCAAACACUACCGCAAAAUACUGGAGAAGAGAGCACAGAGCGCUGUGGCCAUACAAUCAGCGUACAGAGGACAUCAAGUACGGAGGAGAUGUGCUGAUGAUAAAUUAAGCAAAGCCAAGUUUGAGACCUUCAUCAUCCAGUUACAGGCUGUUUGCCGAGGUUACCUCGCCAAGAAGAAGUACAAGGAGUUGAUGGAAGAAAAAAAUAAAGCUGCAGCUAAGAUUCAGGCACAUUAUAGAGGACACAGGGAGAGGAAGAGUUUCAAAAAGAAAAGGGAGGCCAUUGAAAAAGACAGGAUAGAGAAAGAGAGGAUCGAAGCUGCCAAACUGGAGGAGGAAGAGAUGGCCAAAUCCGCUGUGGUCCUUCAGAGUAACUACAGAGGCUACAAGGAGAGAAAGAAACUCAGGGAGCGCCACAAGACACUGUCUGGAGACGAGUUGAGAUUAAGGUCACCCUCGCCUGUAGAGGUGGAGCCUGCUAUUAUGGAGGAGGACGAAGAGGAGGAGCAGGAGGACAUGAAAGAGGUUGCAGUGGAAGAAGAAAAGGAGGAAGGGUUGACCGAAGUAGCGGAGGAGGAGGAAGAGGAUGAAGACACGGCCAAGGCGGAAGAGGACGACGACGAUGAGCUAACGGAAGUGGGUGAAGAGCUGGUGGACGAGGAAGACACAGAAGUUGACGAGCAACAGAAUACAGAGCCCGCAGAAGGGGAGGAGGUUAACCCAGAACAGGAAGCUAAGGCAGCUACAGUUCUCCAGAGCAACUUCAGGGGCCACAAAGAGAGGAAGAGGCUGGUUGAAGAAGGCAAGAUCCCAGCAAGGAAACAGAGAGUGAUGAGCCCAACUGAAGACGAGACCACAAAGGUAGAAGGUAUGUCAAAACCAGAAGGAAGGUCAAAGGUUCCAGAGGAAGUGGCCGUGUCUGCAGGUGUGGAAGAGAAGGAAGAAGUAGAUGAGGCCAAGGCAGCUACGGUCAUCCAAAGUAACUUCCGUGGCCACAAGGAGCGCAAACGCCUGCAGGAGGAAGGAAAAAUCCCCAAGAAAAAGAAGACGAAAGAGGCCAAAGAACAACCCAAACGAGAACUUGUCCAGACACAGGAGCCAACGCUAGAACCCCAACCAGAGCCGUCCACCGCAAGCCAGACCGAGCCAGACGAGGAAAAAGCUGCCACCGUUCUGCAGAGCAAUUUCAGAGGACACCGGGAUAGAAAGAAAUUCAAGGAGGAGAGAGAACGGGUCAAAAGGAGCAAGGAGGAACCCAUGGUUGAGGAACAGGAGGAAGGGUUGAAUGUUGAGGACAGGGUUGUGGACCUCACCGAUGUAGAGCUGGUUCGCAUAGAGGAGACAGAGUCUCAGGGAGGGGAUAGGUAUGACGAGGAGCAGGCAGCGGUGAAGAUCCAGAGCCAGUUCAGGGGCUACAAGGACAGGAAGAACCUGAAGGCCACCAAGGCCACAGCCCAGAGAGAUACGGAGGAACUGGAGGUCUUUUCUAAAGAGGUCACUAAGUCUUCCCAGAACUACAUGAGCCUCCAGCAGAAGCUGAACGAGAUCAUCCUGGCCCACCAGAUAAACCCAGCCAAUAACAGCAUGUUUGUCAAAGGGCAGGCAGUCAAUGGCUUUGCUGUCAACCAUCAGCAAUCAGUCGAUCUGAAAGUGUGUCGGACGCCUCGCAGAACCCAACAGCCAAAGACGCUCAACACCCCUGAGGACUCUACAUACUACAACCUCAUCCAUAGGUCUGUCCAGGAUGACAAACGCAGGCCACGGAAACAAGGUCCUGGGAAGCUGCUGGACGUAGAUGACCAGUACUACCAGGGCCUCCCCACCAGUAAGUCCACCGGCGCCAUAGCCGGAGACAGACGCACCUCCCUCACCAGACGAGCAUCUCUCGAGAGGAGGCAGUCUAUCGAACAGAGGCGCUCUAUAGAGAGGAGACAGUCUUCUGCGAGGAGGCAGUCUUCUGACAGGAGGCAGUCUACAGCUGCAGACAGAAGUCCACAGACAACAAGACAGUCUGCAGCCUCCGACAGGAGGCAGUCUACCGACCAAAGACAGACUGCAGCUGCAGAGAGAAGUCCACAGAUCAAAAUACAAAUUCCAGACAGGAGACAGUCUAGAGAGAGGGCAGUCUCCGAGCCAGCAGAUAAAAGGCACUCCAUUCCCAGACUGCCCUCUGCAGAGGGCCAGGACGACAACCCUUAUGACUACAGAAAACUCCUGAGGAAGACCUCCCAGAGAAGAAGGCUCAUCAAACAGUACAGAGACUGAGCAGUGCCCUUCACAAUGGCAUACUCAAUUUAAAGCAAAUUGGCAUAAUACCUCCUUGUAUGUGACACUGCCAGAAGCAUGCCAUAACAUCUGUCGUAAUGCGACAUGAUAGUUCAUGACUGUUGACUUUUGUUAACAUCUGACAAACCCUAUUUGAAUGUCUAAUGAGUUGCGUUCUAUGAAAGUGUCAGUUGUUAUAAACUAACAUUGGUUUUCAUAAAAUGUCAUGACAGCUGGUAUGUUUUGCUUAUGGCAUUGUUAUGAAGGUGUUAGUCAAGCCACUUCCCUGUAGUUACCAGGUUGAGUUUGGGGCCUAUACAUAGCAGAUGGCGUCACGAAAACUUUGUCAGUCUGUAAAUACUUUUUCUGGUAUAGAUUUUGUCAGAAGCAGAUAUGUUGUAUCUAAGAAGCAGAUACAGUGGGGGAAAAAAG